AUGAGUUUCGACCCUCUUCGCCCGCGGGGGCGCCCAGCCCACACACCUGGCACAACGAUACUGGCCUACACACCCGACGGAAGACGAAUCAUUACUGGUGGCUCCAACUCGGCUAUCCGUGUUUACACGGUCGGCGAAGAUGGAGAGCCCAAGACGAUCGACGAAGGUGUUGACGCGCAUUUCGGCAUUGGUGCUACGAAUCGGUCUUUUAUCAUGGGUGCCGAGGACGGAACAGUCUGGAAGUACGACAUGAUGUCGGGCAAAAUACAAAACUUGCUUGUCCGAUGUGCUUUGCCAGUCAGGGACAUUGCAGUGACGAGAGAUGGAGAAUGGGUCGCAGUAGCAAGCGAUGAGCUCACAGUCAAAAUCGUGAAAGUCGACGACAUGACGCAAGUCAAGUAUCUCCGGGAACAGUCUAAGGGAACGAAGCAUGUCACAUUCGAUCCCAGUGGCCGAUAUGCAACAGUAUCCGGAACAGAUGGAAUCCUCUAUAUAUACUCCAUGCACGAAGAGGAGCCGGAGCUGGUCCGCAAACUCGAUGGAGUUAUUCGACGACUGGAGCCAGAUGCCGAGGCGACAUCAAGAGCAGUGUGGCAUCCUGAUGGUACUGCAUUUGCUUCUGCGGAAGCGACCAGAGAUAUCUCGAUCUACUCAACCUCGGAAUGGAAGAAGGAGAAAACAUUUGCUGGCGGUCAUACCGGCGACGUUACGGCCUUGAGCUGGGCCCCGAACGGAUCUCUUCUGGCGUCUGCAGCUGCAGAUGGAUAUAUUGUGCUCUGGGAAGCAAAGACGCAAAAGAUCUUGCAGCGAUACGAAUUUGCAAAUGUCUUGAACCUAUCCUGGCACCCGACCAAAAACUCACUUUCAUUUACAACUUCAGAUGGAGAGCUUUUCAUCUAUGAUAACUUUGUACCGAGGGAUCACGAGUCUCUGCUGCAGAAACCGCUGCAGGCAGCUCCUAUCUUACUUGGGCCUCUGGGCGAGAUCUCCAACAAUGUUGGGCGAACCACACUGACGGAGCGGUCCAAAGAGGCCAUCCAGCGAGCCGCGAGAAGAGGGUCUCCAGACUCAUUGGAUGAUAUCCUUGGUGGAGAUGACCAGAUGAUCGAUUUCAUCGAGGAUGAUGAUGGGGCUGGCUAUGCCGAUGAAGAGUUAAAUAUUUAUGGCAAGCGGCCCCACGAUGAUCUCGAUGAUCUCGGCGACACUAGUAACAAACGCCUCUACUCUGGCUUCGAAAAGCCCAAGGCCCAUCUGCCUCUUCAACCCGGUAGCACGCCUUGGGCUGGGAGUAGGAGAUAUCUUUGCCUGAACUUGACAGGAGCUGUUUGGACUGUGGACCAGGAGACACACCACACUGUUACUGUGGAAUUCUAUGACCGAGAGGCUCAUCGAGAUUUCCACUUCACUGAUCCGUAUAUGUACGACAAGGCUUGUUUGAACGACAACGGAACACUUUUUGCCAAUAACCCUUCGGAUGGCAGUCCGGCCACUAUUUUCUACAGGCCACAUGAGACGUGGACUGCGCGAGCGGACUGGCGAACCGAAUUGCCCGAGGGAGAACAAAUUCGAGCUCUGGCACUCAGCGAUUCAUACAUUGUCACUGUGACAUCAAAGCACUAUGUUCGAGUGUACACUCUCUUUGGGACACCUUUCAAGGUGUAUCGACAGAAGAGCCAAGCCGUGACUUGCGCGGCCUGGCGCGACUACAUUAUGAGCAUCGGCAACGGCCCUAUAGGGAUUGAUGGCCACGCAACCUUACGAUACACGGUGGAGAAUGUCAAGCGUGACGAGAUUUGCCAAAACGAAGACACUGUCGCUCUUCCAGAAGGGGCUUCGCUACAGAGUGUUUUUUUCUCUGAUAAUGGGGAUCCUUGUAUAUACGAGUCGACUGGCGUCCUACUAGUUCUGCAACACUGGCGCACAUCCGGCCAAGCCCGAUGGGUACCGCUCCUGGACACGAAGCAAAUGGCACGUCUCGCGGGAGGGCGGAAAGAAGAAACAUACUGGCCGGUGGCUGUCGCACAAGACAAGUUCCACUGUAUUAUCCUCAAGGGUGGUGACAAGAACCCUUACUUUCCACGGCCGCUGCUCAGUGAAUUCGACUUCCAGAUCCCGGUUGCCAGUACUCUUCCGAAAGAUUCCAGCGAAUCCGGAGACACGGCGGCUGAGGGCGCUCGUUUCGAGGAGUCAUUCGUACGUGGAAAUGUGCUUUUGUCGCUCUUCCGCGAUCUUAUCUCAUCGACCAAUGCGACGGCAAGCCAACGCUCUGACUUGGCGCGGAGGGAGCUCGAAUUGGAUAAGAACUUGCUGCAGAUGCUGGCCAUUGAAUGCAGAGAGGGCGAGGAGCGUGGUAUGAAGGCGCUGGAGCUGGUGGCCUUGAUGACGGACCGCAACGGUAAGAUGCUCGAGGCGGCUGCUAAAAUUGCACAGCGUUAUGGACGUGGCAUUCUUGAGGACAAGAUCCGCGAUCUGGCUGAACGACGUGUCAUGGGAAUGGGAGACGAUGAUGAAUUGGCUUGA